CCAAACUGCCCGUUUUCCAUGUUCCAAACUGCCCAAACUGACCGGUGUUGGAACUCUUUCCCUCUAUCUCAAGCACCCUCCUUUACCUGUUUCCAUGCCUUCUUUUCUCUUUCUUCUGUGAAGACCCUUUUUAUGAGUUUUGACUAAAUUUUGCAACUGGGUCUUGGUUGGUUAUUUCAGUUAUAACCUGUAUCUGAUAUUUGUCACAUUGUUUUGUGAGUGUUCCAUUGGUUUAUGUAGGCAUUUUUGGUGGGGUUGAGUGAUUUGAAAUGAAGUUGUUUGAAAUGGGUUUUGCAUGUGGAUUUGAUAUUUGAAAUCUAUUUUUGGUGUUGGGGUAUGAGAGUUUGAUUAUAUAAGUAUUUUUUUGAAGAUGGCUUUGCAGCCUAGUGAAAUUAAAGAGGAGGUGGCUUUGGAUGUGGGCAAGUCAAAGAGAAAGAAUAAGAAAGAUGGGGGAGAGGUAGCUGAGUCUGGGUGUUGGAGUAGCACUUUCAAGUUCUUUGGCAGCUUAUUGUCUUCAAAAUCAAAAGUUGAUAGCUCCUUGAGUGGCCCUACUGCUCAUUCUGUGCAUUUGUCCUUUUCCAAAUCAGUGGGGAGCAAUUUUGUGAAUGAGAAAAGCAGAGACCAUCCAGUUGCUUCAGUAGGGUCCUCUACAGCAACUAGCAAUACAGAUGGCACUUUUUCUAUUUCCAAAUUCAGUUCUACAUCAACGUCGAAAUUAAGUAUUUCUUCAACAUUAAAAUUUAGUGAGGAACUUAAGGUUUCUUCUCAACUUCGGAAGUUCACAUUCAAUGAGCUAAAGUUGGCCACAAGGAACUUCAGACCUGAUAGUAUUCUUGGUGAAGGUGGGUUUGGUUGCGUCUUCAAAGGUUGGAUUGAGGAGAAUGGCACUGGUCCUGCAAAACCUGGUACUGGACUUACGGUUGCAGUCAAGACUCUCAACCAUGAUGGGCAUCAGGGUCAUAAAGAAUGGCUUGCUGAAAUUGAUUUGCUUGGUGACCUCAUCCAUCCUAAUUUGGUUAAAUUGAUCGGUUUCUCCAUUGAAGAUGAUCAAAGGUUGCUAGUUUAUGAGUUUCUGCCUCGGGGAAGUUUGGAGAACCAUCUUUUCAGAAGGUCCCUGCCUCUUCCUUGGUCUAUCAGGAUGAAAAUUGCACUUGGUGCUUCAAAAGGCCUUACCUUUCUUCAUGAAGAGGCUCAAAGACCAAUCAUAUACCGUGAUUUCAAAACUUCUAAUAUUUUAUUAGAUACGGAUUACAAUGCCAAGCUCUCAGAUUUUGGGCUUGCCAAAGAUGGUCCCGAGGGAGACAAAACUCAUGUAUCAACACGAGUUAUGGGAACAUAUGGCUAUGCAGCUCCAGAAUAUGUCUUGACUGGACAUCUGUCAUCAAAGAGCGAUGUGUACAGUUUUGGAGUUGUCCUACUUGAAUUAUUGACUGGCAGAAGAUCCAUGGACAAAAAAAGACCAAAUGGGGAGCAAAGCCUUGUUGGAUGGGCAAGACCGCUUCUUGGAGACAAGAAGAAGUUGUAUCAGCUAAUAGAUCCUCGCCUUGAAGGUCACUUCUCGAUUAAAGGUGCAGAGAAAGCUGCCCAGCUUGCUGUCCGGUGCCUUGGCCGAGACCCUAAAGCCAGACCUAAGAUGAGUGAGGUUGUUGAAGCCCUAAAGCCUCUGCCAAACCUCAAGGAUAUGGCCAGCUCUUCAUCUUUCUUCCAGACCAUGCAAGCUGAUCGUGCCAGGUCAAACUCAAAUGCUGUACAUGGAAAUGGAUUGCAGGCAGCAUCUAGACCAAGGAAUGGACAACCAAUGAGGAACUUAUCAAUUAUAAAUGGUCCUCAUGCUUCUCCAAACCCUCAUUCUCUCCAGUCUCCAAAACCAAAUGGAAGAGAAUCAUAGAAUUAGUCUGUCUUUUGUAUGUUAUAUAUCAUUGAAAGAGUUUUUUUUUUUGGCACGUCUGUUGUAUCUUGUAUAUGUUGGAUUUGUAAUUUAGUCAAGCAUGGAACUGUAUUCUUUCUAUAAG